AUGAAAACUCCAUUUACAUUGGCACGUUUGAGGAGGCAGAAGUCUCUAGAAGGAAUAUCAGGGACAGUAAAGGGUAACUACCGCACUGGGUCUUUGUAUUUAAUGUUUGUGUGUUUAGGGAUGGGCACAGCAGCAGGUGUGCUGGGUGUGCCUCGCUGUUCCCUCCUGUUCCGCCGAAGAUUGCUCGCCAAAGCGGUAAGUCCAGUUUCAGUAGGAGAUGGGAGCGGAGCAUGGCUGCAGGUGGGCUCUUACAGAGGGGACCAGGGGCAGCGCUUACCCCUCCGCUGUAGCGGGGGGAGCUUUCGGGACACCUCGGCGGGGGAUCUCCGCCGGUGUACAGGCGGUGGGGCUCCGCGGGAGCGGGACGGCGAGAUGCAGAGGGAGAGGGACGGCGGGACGCAGAAGGACCGAGACGGCGGGAUGCAGAGGGAGCGGGAAGGCUCCCGCGCCCCGGGGACAAGUGGCGUGGAGGGUCGGCAGGUGCAUCCGGAGGAGGGAAGAAAUAAGAAACAAAAUUUCAUCACUUUCAAGAAGGGUGCAGUUGAUACACAGAAUGGUACACGAGGCUUGAUUGAGAGAUCUUGGAGUGGAUGGCACAAGGUGGUCAGCGCUGCAGAGACAAUCAUCCUUCCUUCUCUGAUUGGGAUUAUCUCUUCAACAGGCUUAGUUGGAAAUAUCCUCAUUGUGUUCACAAUAAUAAAAACCCAGAAAAAAACUAUCCUAAAUAUCUACAUCUGCAAUCUGGCUAUAGUACAUUUGGUUCAUAUCAUUGGCAUGCCCUUUCUCAUACACCAGUGGGUAUGUGGAGGCGAGUGGGUUUUUGGUAGCCCUCUUUGCGCCAUCACUACCUCCCUGGACACAUGCAACCAGUUUACAUGCAGUGCCAUUAUGAUUGCAAUGAGUUUGGGCAGGUACCUACAUUUGGAGCAGCCGAGACUGACAAGCAUGAGAAAAUGUGUUACUGCACUGUAUCCAGGAAAACAAUGUCCACACAGCAAAAGCCAGGACCACCCAACAGAUAGGUAUACACUUUAUCUCACCAUAACUUUCUUUUUUCCUUUACCGUUGAUAUUUAUUUGCUAUAUUUUAGUUUUAUAUUACACAUGGAAGAUAUAUCAGCAAAACAAGAAAGGAGGAAGUUACACCACCAGUAUCCCCAGGCAGAGAGUUAUGAGGCUCACUAAGAUGGUGCUUGCUCUGAUCAGUGCGUCUGUGGUAAGCACUACCCCCUUCCAUGUGAUCCAGCUCAUGAAUCUUCAGGUUUCUUAGCCGACCCUGACCUUCUAUAUGAGCUACUACAUCUCCAUGUGCCUCAGCUAUGCCAGCAGCAGCGUUAAUCCUUUUUUCUACAUCCUGCUUAGUGGAAACUUCCAGAAGCAUCUCCAGCGAUGCACAAAUAUGGAAUUCAGGAUGGCAGAAGGGAUGUCAACAUCAUUGAAAACACUCUCAAGUUUUAAAAAGAAGGUUCUUCUCCCAAGAAAAAAUGCCAUGUCUAUAUGUAGAUUUUAUUUGUUGCAAUAG